UCUGAAAAAUUCCCCUCCUUUCGAGAGCAUACCAUCUCGACAUCUUCUCCUCAGCGGCCAGUGCCAGUGGCUUCCACUCGGCAACGACGGUCUGGCCGUACCCGUCGAUUCAAUAUGUUCUCGACUUUCCUCCGCAAGGCCACCUCCGUCAAGGAAAAGAUUCCCUUCCUCAACCAACUGCAUCUCAAUUUCAUCUUCCUCCACUAUGCCUACAUUAUCUCCUGGGCUAUCAUUGGCUCGAUCAUCGUAUAUCCCGGUGGCAACGUCAGUUACAUCGAUGCCCUCUUCCAAGCAGCCGGCGCCGCCACCCAAAGUGGAUUGAACACCGUCGAUCUGAAUACUCUAUGGCUCUACCAGCAAAUCGUUCUAUAUCUGAUCACAUGUCUGUGCACACCUAUCUUUAUUCACAGCGCCUUGGUGUUUAUUCGGUUAUACUGGUUCGAGAAACGCUUUCAACAUGUGGUUCGAGACGCUCGGGCGAUGCGACGAACUAGAUCCCGCAUGGAAACUGUGACCCAAGAUCGGGAUAGCGAAGAUGUCAACCGUGCAGAGCUAGGUGUCAGCGGCCGUCCUAUUGUGGUGAUACGGAACACUUCAGGAGAUGCCCGGGAUGGACGAUUGACGGACCCGGGGGGCAAGACUGUCGAAUCGGGUAUCAAUACGCCAGAAGCCCGGGGGAGCAGCGUCGACUCCAGCGGCGAGGGAACUGAUACUGGCGCCGAAGAACCUCGCUUUGGUUUGGGUAGCUUGAGAGUGCCGACCCAUUUGAACCCCGAACAUCACAUUGCCUUCCUGGAAAAGCAGCGGAAGGACAAGGGAGCUCUGCGGAUUCCUAGCCCCCGGGAGUAUGACCGUGGUGGCGCCCCCGAAGCUUUGGACGAAGAACAGGAUGCCGAGGAGGGUGAGCAGCCUCAGCCUUCCAAUGACCCCGAUGAUCAAGUUAGCCCCGGUGCACACCCCGAGGCACUCGAUCAAGUCCCCCCGCUCGAAGGGCCACACAUCACCAUCAACGAGCCAGACAUACCAAGACCACGUCCACGCGGCAAUACAUUCCCGCGACUAAAUACCCAACCUACUUUCCGGGAGACCAAAGACGGCAAUGAGACGACGAACCUUGCCCCUACUACCACGAGGAACACUUUUAGAGGCAUUUUCCGGUCUCUGACACAGGAAGGCGACCUCACAACUCAGCCAUAUCUUAGUUGGAACGCGACUGUGGCACGUAAUUCCAAUUUCAUCGAUUUGACAGAGGAGCAGCGUGAUGAGCUGGGUGGUAUCGAGUACCGUGCGCUUAAGACCCUGGCUGUUGUCCUCAUCACCUACUAUGUGGGGUUCCAUCUCAUCGGAAUGGUUAGCAUGGUUGGAUGGAUCAUGACAACGGAUACUUGGGGCAAAAUUGUCCGGGAAGAUGGAGUCGGCCGGCCGUGGUGGGGUAUCUUUACCGCUGCGUCCGCCUUCAACGAUCUGGGCUUCACUUUGACACCUGAUUCGAUGACCUCUUUUCAAAGGGCCAUUUUCCCUUUGCUGAUGUUAGCGUUUCUGAUCAUCAUUGGCAAUACUGCCUUCCCUUGCAUGCUUCGUCUAAUGAUCUGGGUUCUGUCGAAGUUCACUCGCAAAGGCACUGCGCUCUGGGAAGAACUCAAGUUUCUUCUUGAUCACCCUCGUCGCUGCUUCACUCUAUUGUUCCCUCGCAACGCCACUUGGUGGCUGUUUGCGAUUCUUGUCGCCUUGAAUGGCAUCGAUCUGAUAUUCUUCGUCGUCCUAGAUCUUAAUGACCCCGACGUUACCGCUCUACCCCCUGGGAUCCGAGUUGUGGAUGGCUUCUUCCAAGCCGCUGCGACACGAACGGCAGGCUUCGGAAUCAUCAGUCUUUCCGAGCUUCACCCCGCCAUCCAGGUCUCCUACCUGAUCAUGAUGUACAUCUCGGUCUUUCCCAUCGCUAUCUCCAUGCGCCGAACGAACGUUUACGAAGAGAAGAGUUUGGGCAUCUACGAAACCACAGAACAAGAACAAGACGAGGAGAACAAUGCACCCACCUAUAUCGGAGCCCACUUGCGGCGCCAACUGAGUUUCGAUCUGUGGUAUGUCUUUUUAGGUCUGUUCAUCAUUGCAAUAGCGGAAGGAAACAAGCUGCAGAAUCCAGCCGAUUACUCCUUCCAGCUCUUCACCGUUUUGUUUGAGGUCGUCUCCGCCUACGGUACUGUGGGUCUGUCCUUUGGCUACCCCACUGCCAAUACCUCGUUCUCGGGCCAAUUCAAUGUGAUCUCCAAAUUGGUGAUCAUCGCCAUGCAAGUCCGCGGUCGUCACCGUGGUCUACCGUACGCGCUCGAUCGUGCCGUACUUCUUCCCUCCGAUGCCCUCAACCGACACGAGAUUGAGGAAGGAGAGCGCCGCAUGCGUCGUCGUGCAUCCAAUCUCAGUGGUGGUGCAUCCUUCGGCCAAUCGCAAUCGCGUACUUUAUCUCAAGGGAGGACUGAUGCUGGUCAAUCUUCGGGUCUGGACACCCAUGACUGGCAGACACAGCCUGCUUUGAUACAACGUUCCUCGACUAUGCGGUCCAACCGGUAA